AGAUACAUACCUCCGAGCAUACGUAAUCAGGAAGAGACUUCAAGCUGGUGGAAAAACUUGGAUUCUGCCACAGACAUAAUAAAGAAGCGUUUAUUUGAGAAGAGAGCUCUCAUGAUCUCUUGUGUGUCAUUACCGGAGCCGAAACGAUGCAAAUUCUUUCGCGUAGUCGUGAAAUGUCAACCGCCGCCUACGGAAUCUUCCAUGGAUUACAUUCUCAAUCAGAUAAAAGAAGCCGGAGCUGACUUGUUUUGCGGAAAGGCAAAGUGCAAGAACCAACUCGGGCGUAACGGGGAGAUGAACUCUGUGCAUAAUUGGCACGCACGAACUCCGCAGCCGCGCAAUGGAAUCGUCGAGGUUCACGUACGUACAACGUGUUUUCAAUGACGGUAACAAAGAGCGAUUCGCUAGUGGUAAAGUUGAAAUGGAAGGGGCCCAACAAGCGGGCCGAUGGAUCUGUCGGUUGGUCGGUUAGUGUACUCUUCGCCAUGGCUGCAUCAAGUACCAACGAUAUCAUUGAACUGUUGGAGACGUUUUUAAAAAUACUUAAGGAGGAGCAUGUGUUAGAUCGGUCUGACGAUCAACCUGUGGUACGAUACCUUUUUCCUGCACAAUUGGCGCAACUCAUGCCAUUUUCUCUGGACGACAAUCCAGCGAGUAGCAACGAACUAGAAACACUGAUACGACAGACUAUACAAUUCUCCGUGAAAACGUCCAGUCCGCAUUUUCAUAAUCAACUUUACGCUGGAAUUGACGAGUAUGGAUUAAUUGGCUCCUGGUUGACGGAAGCGUUAAACACCAGCCAAUAUACCUAUGAAGUCGCGCCGGUAUUUACUCUCAUAGAGCGAGAAGUGAUACAAAAAUCACUGAAGCUGUUCGGCUAUCCAUCGAUGCCAAAUGCCGACGGUAUAAUGUGCCCAGGAGGUAGCAUAUCAAAUAUGUACGGAAUGUUAUUGGCCAGGCACAAGGUGGUACCGUAUGUCAAAGAGACAGGGCUCUUUUCGUUGUCAGCACCUCUAGCGUGUUUUACUAGCGAAGACAGCCAUUAUUCAAUUUUGAAAAGUGCCAAUUGGUUGGGCGUGGGCACUGCUCAUGUUUAUAAGGUAAAAACGGACGAGUUUGGUCGCAUGAAGGUGUCUGAGCUAAAGAGACUUAUAACUGAAGUGAAGAAGGAUAAAAAAGAAAUACCGUUCUUCGUGAAUGCCACCGCCGGAACCACGGUGCUCGGUGCGAUCGAUCCGUUACCGGAAAUCGCUAGGGUAUGCCAGAGCGAGUCACUCUGGCUGCACGUAGACGCUUGUCUCGGUGGGACCCUAAUGUUCUCGGAUACGUACCAGUACAGGCUGCGGGGCAUUAAUUUAUCGGACUCGAUAUCCUGGAAUCCGCACAAGAUGCUCGGCGCGCCGUUGCAGUGCUCUUUAUUCCUGGUCAAAGGUAAAAACGUGCUGCACGAGGCGAAUUCCGCCCGGGCCAAGUAUCUUUUCCAGCAGGACAAAUUUUACGACGUUAGCUGGGACACAGGUGACAAAAGCGUGCAAUGCGGCAGAAAGGUCGACGCAAUGAAAUUUUGGUUGAUGUGGAAAGCCCGCGGCAAGAUCGGCUUUUCGCAACUGGUGGACGAUGCGAUGUUCUACACGAGAUAUUUCCUCGAUCGAAUUAACAAGAUCGAAGGCUUCCGGCUGGUGCAAUCUGAUUAUCAAUGCUGCAACAUCUGCUUUUGGUAUAUACCAAAAGUAAUGCGCAAUCAGAAGGAAACGAAAGAUUGGUGGAAGAGACUGUACGCUGUCACGGCCGAGAUAAAGAAGCGUUUGAUGCUGGAGGGGAAUCUCAUGAUUAGUUACAUGCCGUUACCGCAGAAGAAUCUUGGCAACUUCUUUCGCAUGGUUGUAAACUGCCAACCGCCACCCACGGAAUCGUCCAUGAAUCACGUUAUCAAGCAGAUAGAAAAAUACGCUGAUAUAAAAUUCGCCGAUCUCUAGGAAGGAGGCUUGAUCUUCACGAGCUAUAUGCGUAUGAUGACGUCGAAGAUGCGUUCUUAUCGCGAAGAUUGGUAUUACAAGUACUUACGGAGUCGUAAAAAAAAAAGAAUCAUGUCUUUAUUACAAACAAGUGCGCGGGAUAAAUGCAUCGGGUACAGUAUUCAUUACUCGCGUACACGUACAUGUGACCUCGAUAAUGAUAAUUUAUCUGAUGCUCGGCAUAACAUCAAACGUUGUUACAUCAUAAAUUUCGCGACCUCACAUAUCAUUAUCUCGCAUUCUUCCCAUGACGGAUUACGCCAACUCGCGGGAAGCAAUUAACACGAUUAAACUCUUAAGUUUCUGGAAGACACCGGAGAGAUUCUUCCAAGUUUCAAUCCAAUUUAAUUCCCUCCUUGGCUCCGACAAGGCGAAAGAUAAAUUAUUUUAACGAUCGCAUGUAUAAAUGUAAUUCGCGGGCGCGACUCAAUGUGAGCCAAUAUACAUAAAUGCAAUUGUCGCGCGACGUGUGUUCAUCUCUUACAUAACAUACGCAUUCACUUCAUUCAUAAAACUGCAUUUAAGAAUAUGCACUUUUUAUGUACACAACUCCGUAUCAUGGCACUACGUUACUCAAUAUAAAAUUCGAUAUUUCUCCUGAAUAAAAACAAAAAUGACAAAACUA